UUUGGGAAGCCGUUGAGGGCCGGACUCCCAGCGGGAGGGUCUGGGGCGGAGCCGGGAGAAGUCCCUCCUUCUCCGGGCCCGAAAUCUCGGCCGGGGAGGGGCGGAGCUCGGCGGAGGAUGGUCCUUUUUGCAUAACCGACCUGUGGGCGUUUAAAGGCCUUUGCACUGCCGGUUCGAGUGGACCCGUCUUCGCCAUGUACCUCGCCGUGCGCUGCGCGCUGCUGCUAGUCCUGGGCUUGCUGCUCACCUGUCCCGCGGCCCCGGCGCGCCUGGGCCCAAAGCGCCCUUCCCGACUUCGCGGUUUUUCCUGGGAUAACUGUGAUGAAGGGAAGGACCCUGCAGUGCUCAACAGCUUGACACUGGAACCUGACCCCAUUGUUGUUCCUGGGAACGUGACUGUCAGCGUUGAGGGCAAGACCAGCAUUCCCCUCACUUCUCCUCAGAAGGUGGAGCUGACUGUGGAGAAGGAAGUGGCUGGCUUCUGGGUCAAGAUUCCAUGUGUGGAACAGAUUGGCAGCUGUACCUAUGAAGAUGUCUGUGACCUGCUGAAUAAGUUGAUCCCCCCCGGGGAGACCUGCCCAGAGCCCCUGCACUCUUAUGGCCUUCCCUGCCAUUGUCCCUUCAAGGAAGGCACCUACUCACUGCCUACGAGCAGCUUCACAUUGCCUGACCUGGAGCUGCCGAGCUGGCUGAGCACCGGGAACUACCGCAUCCAGAGUAUCCUGAGCAGUGCCGGGCAGCGCCUGGCCUGCAUCCAGGUGGCUGCCUCCCUCAGGGGUAGAUAGGCAGGCAGCCACCACAGGUGUCAGCCACCUCAGAUGGCGGCCAUGCAGAAUGCCUGGUGCUCCUCUCCCUCCUCUCCCGUGAUAACACAUCCCUCACUACAAAUCACUGUGCACCAUUCCGGUGUGAGGCUGGUACAAAUCUCCUGACCUGAGGGAGGAUGGGUAAAGUGGUCUGGAGAGCCCAGGUCCUCUGCUGGGCUGCAAGCCUUCUCCCCCCAACCCCCACGACUUUCAUUCUAGAACAGCCAAGGCAUGGGAGCCCACCUGUCCAUCUGGAGUUCAAACUUGGGAGGCCUCGGCCUCCUCAAGUUCCCUUUUCCCUCCCUGCUUCUUUUUGGUCACUGAUUUAAAAACCAGAGUAACAGUAUUAACUUCUCUUUUUCUACCCCAGACCUCUCCUCCAGCAAAGGGCAGAGGUGGUUAGCCUUACUCUCUCCACCAUUCCAUGAUUAGUUUUGCAUUGUCUGUCUUCUUGGCUGGCCUAGCCAGCCUGGGGCUGGUGGGUCUUGUGGUGUAGACUCUCCUGAGGGAGUUUUUUAGGCAUGUUCCAUUUAGCUCAUUACAGACUCAGGUGCCUGCAGGCCAAGAGGAGACCGGAAGAGGAAGGAAGUUGCUUCCAGGCAUGACCUCUGCUCUCCCUCAUUUGAUUUGACUUGGAUUGGAUAGGUAUUCCAGAAACUGUUCAAAAACCAAACCAAAUAAACAAACCCAGCAUGUAUGCCCAGGUGCCAGGUGACCAGGGUCCAGGAUGUCAUGCCAGUCCUAGGGCAGCCACAGUCUAGAUGUGACCAUGUCAGAGUGCUGCCAUGUACUCUCAACAUUUUCCUCUCUUAGGCCCCAAGUCCAGAUUUUUAUAUGAAAUUUUAUAAUUUUUAACUAUUGGUAACUAAUUUUUUUUUUAUGUGCAGGCCAAAGGGGUCACAUGGACUUGUGAGGGACCUCAGGCUGGGGGCGGGGGACACUUCUCAGCCUCUGGCCUAAGACCACGUUAGUCUUCUCGCUCAAUCUGGCAUCUGGUCAAGUCCCUGGUACCUGGUGUGGAAGAAGGCUCUGCCUGCACUAGGGCAUGUCUAGGUGGUCUCUCAGCUGGGCACCAUGCCAUGGGAGUGGGCACUGCCUCUCCCACAGCUUCAGAGCCUGGAUCCAUCAGGGCACAGGGGGCUCAUGAAGAAGGGUGGGCCCCCCCAGCAACCAUCUUGUGGAGCAGGGAUCCCAUGCCCAGCUGUGUGGAUUGGCCUGCCGCCCCAUUAUUCUGUGAUAACAGUCCCUGUUCUGGGCUUGUUGGAAACCUGGAAUGGCAAUAAAUCUUUUUAACUUGUU